AAACUGAAUCUUUUAAUGGUGUGAAAGGAGCUACGGCCAAUAAGAGCGGCGACAAAAUCUCUUGCGAAGUAUGUCUGACAUCUUAAACAAAUGGUCUUGUGGCUCUGAAUCCAAAAUUUUGGUUCUCAUAAAAUAUUUGAUGUACUUCUCAGGUUGAGGUGGACGUGCCGCACACAUGCACCUUCAUCAUCCACACAAGGGAAUGCUCCCUGAUGGAGAUAAAUCACGUAGAUGAUGAUGGUCAGCCAGUGUAUCAACCCGCCGUUGGUGCGGAUGCUUUCAAAACUAGCAUGGCCAGGAACCCCUUAAAGGUCACUGUUGAAGGGCAGGUGAAUGUCAAGCUCUUCCCCAAGGAUGAUGAGCCUGUCAACAUUCUGAACAUCAAGAGAGGAAUCGUUUCUGCUCUCAUUGUACCUGUAGUGGAAGAAGAGAAAAACAAAGAAAUGGCCACCGUGCACGGCCUGUGUGUCACUGACUUCGCUGUGAACUCCAGACAGGACAUUGCCACUGAUGUAACCGUCAGCCGGGAUCUUUCCAAAUGUGACAGCUUCACCGCCCACAGGCAGCACACCAGUCCUCUGGCGCUCCUCUCCAGCAUGAACUCACCUCUGUCCAAGCUGAUCAGCAGCACGCAAACGUGCAACUACAAGUUUGACAACCAGAAGAAGCACAUGACCAGUGGAACCUGUACAGAGCGGCACCUCUUCCUGCCUUUCUCCCAUCAGAAUGAAUACGGGAUUUCUACUCUGAUAAAGCAGACACUGACUCUGAAGGAGACCACCAUGAUCAAUGACAGAACCUUUGACCACGAUGAGGCCAACCUCAAGUUCUUGCCUAUGGAGGACACUGACAACAAAUCCCCAAUGCAAACAAAGGAUGCUGCCAUCGCCGCGAUGCAGGAGCUGAACACUGUGUCACAGACCACCGAGGGUGAGAAGCGCGCCAGCGUCUUCCUCAAGCUUGUGUCUGAGCUCCGCGGGCUGAACGCCGACGUCCUCGGACCCACUGCACUUGAAAUGAUGGACAUUUCCGAAUCCCUGACAUGGCAAGCUUUGCUUCAGUGUGGUACCCCAGAAUGCACCAGUGCCAUGAUGGGUAUACUCAGGACCUUUGAUACAGCGGCUCUCGAGGUCGAUGCUGCUGUCUAUGCGCUAGCAUUGCUGCCUAACCCGUCCCGCCUCUUUGUCAAAGACAUGUUGGCAAUGGCGAAGUACAAGCAGAGCAAAUCCAUUAUGUACGCUCUAAGCAAUGCCGUCAGGAAACUAUAUCGAGUUGAGGGCCAUGCUACCCCUGAAAUCACUGCUGUAUCCGAGUUCAUCGCCUCUCUUUUGGGUGCAGACUGUGCUGGAGACAAAGACCAGACAUUCCUCACCUUGAGGGUUGUUGGUAACAUGGGAGAUGCAAUGGAGGCUGCAGAUCCUGCCAUCAAGACCAUGCUGCUAAAGUGCAUGAGGCAGCCCAGCACCGUACUGUCUGUGCAGCUUGCUGCCAUCCAGGCUUUCAGACGCAUGUCCAUAACUGACGAGGUUCGCUCAAACCUCCAGAGGGUCAGUCAGUAUGCUAAAGGUGCAGUGCAGAAGCGUUUGGCAGCUUACCUAAUCCUCAUGAGGGAUCCCCAGAACAGUGACAUCAAGAUGGUGAUGAAGAUGCUGAAGGAGGAGCAGAACGAGCAGGUCAAGGCCUUUGUGACUUCCCACAUCUACAACAUCCUUUCCUCCACUGAUCCAGAGACAGAGGAGUUGAGCGAGAAGAUAAGAGAAGCCUUGCAGAAUGCCGAUCUAACCAUGGAUGCUGUCGAUACAUCACAGUCUCACAACUACAAACUGAAGAUAGGACGCGAAGGCUUGCAGGCCAACAUUGACACUAAUGUUGUCUUUGAUUCCAGUAGCCAAUUGCCCAGAGAGGUCUUGCUGGAAACUACCCUCAAAGUUUUUGAUUUCAAAAUGGACCUCUGGGAGGUUGGUAUGGAAGGAAAGGGCUUUGAGACAUCUAUUGAGGCAUUGUUCGGCAAAAAUGGCUUCUUUCCAGACACUGUAUCCAAGGCUCUGUACUGGGCUGAAGAUAAGAUGCCCACAAAGAUCAAACAGUUUCUCAGAAGUGAUACCCAGAGACCUGAAGGACAGAAGAUACCCGAAAACCUUGUGAAAGAAGUUCUGCGUAACUUCAAUAAGCUAACAAAAGACCUGCAAAGUCAAGAAUCCCCAGAGGCAAUGGCCUACCUUAGGAUCAUGGGAACUGAGCUUGGCUACAUCAAGGGCAGUGACUUGAGGUUUAUUUCAGAAAACGCAAAAAUGUAUGCAGAGAUUUUCUUGAAGAUUAUACCAACCCAGGUCCUCACAAAACUGAUUUCGAGCACUGACAACAAGCUGUUUGCCCAUUAUAUGUUCAUGGACUACAAAUUCACCUUGUCAACAGCAUCGGGCUUGCCUCUGACAUUUGCUUUGUCUGGUACUUUCGCUCCUGGUGCAAAGGGAGGUCUUCGCAUGAUUCCAAAAAUGCACGAACUGUCCUUCAUGCCCUCUGUGGGAAUUGAAUUUGUCACAAAGAUGGGAGUUCAUGUCCCUGAAUUUGUCAUUUCCACUGUUGAGAUGCACACCAACAUGUACCAUGAGAGUGCCGUCAAUGCAAAGAUCACAAUGGAUCGGAACCAGAUUAAGCUUUCCAUCCCUGCCCCAAAGACCACUACAAAGUUCUUGGAAAUCAGCAAUAAAGUUUUGGUUGUGGGUGCUGGCCAUGCUUCAGAAAUCUCAGCCAAAAGAGGUAAAGCAUUCUGUGACUACCUCUUCAAUAGGAUCAGCUACUGUACCGAAACCCAUCAUAGUGAAGCUGAUGAUAACACGAAAGGGCCUUACUUCCCCCUGGCUGGAGAGAAUUCGUAUUCUGUACAUAUCAAACCUUCCAAACAGGUUUCUGAAUACACAGCCACCAUCUUCUAUGAUCUCCUCCAUGAAGGCAAAGAUGGCCGCCAGAAGGUUGAUACAUUGAAGAUGACCCUGAGAGCUGAGGGUCUUCAGCCCACUGAGGCUACAAUGACCAUGAAGUACAACAGGAACAGGAGUGUAUUCACCACUCAAAUCCAGAUACCUGAUUUUGAUGUGGAGGCUGGCAUGAAGGUUAGCUUGACUGACAGCGCUGCCAAAGGCAAAUCUCUCACCCUCGAAAUCUCCAACAAGAAUGUUCCCCAGUUGUCCCUGAUUGGCCGUGCCAAGCUUCACACCAUGGCUGAUGACAUGCUGCAGGUUCAGUUGUUAAUCCCAUCGCUGAAGACUGAUGCCGCAAUCACGGCUACCAUGAAUCAAGCUGAGGGCCUCACCAUGGAACUCAAAAGUGACAUCAAACUCCCAGAGACUUCCUCUAUUCAAGCAGUCAAAUUCAAUUAUGGCGAAGAACAGGCUGUGGUUCAGCUGGUGUCCAACACAAAUGCUGAUACCAAGAUCUUGGUGUCCCUCAGUGAAGCCCUCCAGAUCUGGUUCGGGGAGGUUGUGGAGGGUGCCAUGGAACAGCAAGUAGUCAACACAGAUAUGAAAUUCCGCCAUAUCUUCAACAAAGGUCUAGAGGCCAGCAAUAUCUGGAUGAACAAGAUUACAAAUGAUGUUCCACGUAUCAAGGCCCUGAGAAAUAGUCUGCCAGAGCUAAAAAUGCCAUCUAUGCCUGAGAAAUUGUUCAUGAACCUUGAAAGCACCUUCAAAUACCAAUUCAGCCAGCACUAUGGGACUAUCAGCAUCCCAUUACCUCUUGGAGGCACAUCAUCUGAUGAGCUGAGUAUGCCUCUCAUGGCCAUCUCCUCACACAUCCCCAUACCUCAGAUGGAUGUGCCUUUGCACCCAAAGUACACCCAAAUCCCCAGCUUUACCAUCCCAUCUCAAUAUGACCUCACCGUGCCACUGAUGGGAAUGAUGGAAUUUUCAACUAAGGUCAACAACAACUAUUACAACUGGGAAGGAAUGGCCUCUGCUGGCUACAACACUGUGGAAUCUCCUAGCUUUAUGGCCAACUUUAAAGUCAAGGCUGAGAGUCCCAUUGAAGUUCUGUCUUUUACAGCUGAGGGAGCUACAGCAAUUACAGACACAACAGACGAAACAUUGAAGUUUACCAUUGAUGCAUCCAUGAAACACAAGCUUAUGGAAACAAGUGUUGGCGUGCUGGAAACCUUUGCAAUCUCGAGCAAAGUACUCUCAACUGGAAGCUAUAAAAUCGAAACCUCCAGUACUCUUGGUUUGCAGUCUUCCCUGGCUGUCACCUCCCAGUUUUCCGUACAGCCAUACAUGUUCACUGGAGAUGCUAACAUGGACGGAAGUCUUUCAGUUGGCUCCAUGACUGGUACCACGACUUAUUCCCACUCCUUUUCUGUUGAGCCAGUGAAGAAAGAAGCAAGGUUAGAGUCGACACUGAGUGUGACCUCUCCAAUACUGACAGUUGCAAAAACGGUCAAGGGAUCAUACAUCAAAGAGCAACUUCUAAUUGAGUCAAACACCAACAUGAACAGUGGUCCAGUUAAGCACACCACAGAAAUAGGGGUUAGCUACAAAGAUGCCCAUCUGUCCAUGAAAUCUGUUUCUGUGACCAAAGCAGAGAAGAGAAUACUUCGUAGCAAUGUAGAGUUGGCAGCCUCUAGAGGAAAUGCAAUUUUCAGGAUAGAGAAUCAAGCUGAUGAUACAGAGAACCGUGCCUAUAUGUUGCUCAGUGGGUUCCUAAAAACUUCCGGCAUGGAGAUCAAUGCUGAUGCUUCCGUAAACAUCUUUUCAACUCGUGCCUCACACAAAGCGACCUUGGCCCUGACAGGAAAUGACCUGACCACCAGCUGUACCACUACUGCCCAGCACAACCCCAUGACCUUUGAGAAUGUUUUCCAUGGUGCACUAGACUACUCUGGUGCCACCAUGUCUAUCACCACUAAGGGAGCUUUCAAGGAUCACACAGUUAAUCUCAAUGUUGAAGGAAAACUUGCAAGCACAGAGGUCUCUCUCAACAGCAAGUUUAAGGGUAACCUAUAUGACCUUGAUACCCUGAAUACGAUGAACCUCAGAGUGAGUGAAGAAGGCUUUAUCACCUCCAGUAAGUUGGUUGGAUCUUUCAAGAACAUGAAGACUGAAAGUACACACUCCCUAUCAUUUACUCCAAAAUCCUUUGAGCUCAUCUACAAGUCUGACAACGUCUUUGACAAGAGGAACUCCUACAUGCAUGACUUUGCAUUUAACAUUGAGCAUUUUACUGCCUCUAUUGUUCUAAAAAAUGAUCUGAAAGUCAUUGAUGUCAAUUUUGUGAAUGAUGCCCAAUUCAAGGCAGAACCCUACAACAUGGAGCUGACUGGAGUACUGACUGGACGCUUAUCAGAGGAAGAGCUCAAGCACACUUAUGAAGUCAAGUUUGUUGACAUGACCUUCACUACUAAAUGCAAUACCAAUGGUAAACUCUUGGGAUCUCAGAUAACACAUGCCACUGAUAUGGAGGUUGUUGGUCUGAGCACGACAUUCAACAGCAUUUCUAACAUCAACUCACCAUAUCUUAAGCUAGAGAGCAAUGUCAAAACCUUUGCCAAACCCUUCGUUCUGCACAUUGAUGCCAUGAUCAACUCAAACGGUGCUGUGUACCUGUAUGGAGAGCAGAGUGGUGAACUAUACAGCAAAUUCCUCCUGAAAGCAGAACCGUUGCUUUUCACAAAUUCAUUUGACUACAGAGCAUCCACCACCCAUGAACUGGAGAGUGGAACCAUUAAGACCAUUUUGGAAAACAAAUUCAACAGCGAGCUGAGCCUUGAUGAGCAAAGUGUCAUGCUGAAAAUGGAGUCCAAAGUCAACGAAAAUGCAUUUAAUCAGGAGAUGAAAGCUUACAAUAAUCCAGAGAUGAUGGGAAUACAUCUGAAGGGAGCUGUCUCCACUUCCCUUUUCAGUGAAAACCAUAGAAGCCAUGAUUAUGCCAUCUUUGGGUUUGUUAAAUAUGACAAGAACAGUGAAAGCCAUUCCAUCCUGGUCCCCUUCAUUGAGCAUCUGCCUGCAGUCAUAGACAAUGCAAUGUCAAUCGUCAUGGGGCUGAUAGACGGAAGCAUUGAGAUGCUGACGGACAUUGAUGCCAAGUAUGAACUGAGCAUGAAAUUUCACAACAAAAUGGCAGAACUGAAAGAGGUCAUUGACACGUUUGACUUUAAACUUUAUAUCCAAGAGCUGAAAAAGUUCAUAAGGUCAGUGGAAAACUUCAUUAUCGAAUUGACUGCUAAGUUUCCCUCUGAGAAAAUCAUCAAUGGGCUAAAGACAAUCAAGGAAACGAUCAUGGCUUGGCUGAAGAAACACAACACUGCUAACAAGAUCAGUGUCAUUUAUGUCAAAAUAGAAGAGAUCCUCUCCAGUUAUGAGGUUGAAAAAGUGAUUAAUGCAAUCAUGGAUGAGAUUGUUAAAAUUAUGAAGCAGUACCAAGUGAGAGAAAAGAUUCAGUUUGUAUUUGACUCUCUCAGAUCGACUGACAUUCAGUUUUUGCUUGAAAAAACCAUGGCACCUGUGAAGGACUUAGUCAACGAACUGCACGCUUUUGAUUUCAAGCAGCUAAUUGGUGACAUCAGUGACUAUUUCAUUAGAAUGGUCCAGAAAAUCAAAUCUUUUGAUUAUGAUACAUUCACCAUACAAAUGAAAGAGAAGGUGGCAGAUAUUAGCCAGAUUCCCUGUUUUGGAAAACUCCAAGGAGGGUUCAGCAUUAACUCACCUCAUUACAACCUGAGGACCACUGCUGAUCUGCAGAACACAACGACUAUACCUGACACUCCAAAGUUCCAAGUGAAUGUUAACUCUGAAGCCACGUCAACCUUAAGAGUGCUUGAUCACACAAUUAGUGCCACUGCACAAUUUUCUAUCCCAGAAAUGAGUCAUCUGGCAAUUGACGAGAGCAUCGAGAUUGAUCAGUCAUGUUUUACACUGGACCACCAGGGAUCAAUGACAUUCUAUGGUCUUUCAGCUAAAGCCUCUGCUAAAACUAUUGCAAACACCAAAACUGAAGUCUAUGUGGCAAACCUCACCAGCAACGCUGUCUUUUCCAUGGGAAGUGGACUUUCUACCACAAUUGAAACCACCUAUAAUCAUGACUUCAAUAUGCCAGCUCUCAAAAUCUCCAAUGAGGCGUCCUUUAGCCAAAAAUCUGUUUUGGUGCUUGAAGGUGGCACUGCCCAACUGAACAUUAACAAUCAGGUCAAUGGAAAGCAUGAGGUUCUGGGUUUCUCGGAUGAGAUGAGCCACAACAGUGACAUGGAAGUUGUCAUGGAUCUCCACGGUGCCAAGGUGACCUUUACCGGAUCAACAGGUGGCAGCCACUUUAAAAUGAAACAAAACCUCAAUGCUGAUAUCUGCAUUUUCCGCCAUGUCAUUGUGGAUGCCAAGAUUGAGACAAAAGCACCUUUUGUGGCAAACAGUGUUGCACAAGUCAAAGUCCAGGCUAAGGUUGAAGACCUGAAAGUUGACAUCACUGCCUCUCAUAACACAGAGCUGGUUGGACGAGUCGAUGGAUCUGUGUCGAACUCUGCUCUUGUUUUGGUUACACCAUCUGAGUUUACAUUUGACACUAAGAACAAGGGCAAUGCCAAAAUUGUGCUUCCACUCAGGCUUUCUGGAAAAAUAGAUCUGCAGAAUGACUUUUCCCUUAUUCUGAACUCUGAAGAGCAGCAAGUUAGCUGGACAGGUCUGUCAAGGUUCAACCAGUACAAAUACGCCCAUUACUUCAAUGUGUAUAAUGGAGACAGAGAAAUUCAGAUGCAUUCACAGAUUACUGGAGAAGCAAAUCUUGAUGUACUGAAAGAGCCCAUCAGCAUCCCAGAAAUGACCCUCCCAUUUUUCUAUGUGAGAACACCAAAGGUGGUGGACUACUCACUGUGGGAAGACACCGGCCUGAGCUACCUCCUUAAAACAACUCACCAGACUUUUGACAUGAAUUCUAAGCUCAAAUACAAGAAGAACCCUAAAAUGAUUACAAUUGAUAUUAAUGUGGAACCAGUCAUCAAUGCUAUCAACACCAAUGCCAAACUUCUGCGCAAGAAAAUGCUCAUCGGAAAGGAUCAAGCCAGUGCCAUUUUUGCUACAUCUUAUGGCAAAGCAAAGGCAGCAUAUGAAAAAUAUAGGAAUGAGUUGCCCAAAUCCAUUAUUGUCCCAUUCAUGAAUGCUGAGACAUCAACAUUCACAGUUCCUCUGCCUGACUUGAGCCAUGUCACAAUGCCUUCUUUGCAAGUUCCAUCUGCCUUUAGCAAGCUAACGCUUCCAAAGAUCACUCCGCCCAAAGUACGGGCCAUCAACAUCCCAGUCAUGGGGGAUCUGAUUUAUGAGUUCAAUAUGAAAACAGCUGUGAUCACACUCAAAACGGAAGGUAGCAUCUACAACCACGACAAAAUCACUGUCAGCAUGAAUGUGUCUUCAACUUCUGAAUUUCAAUGUCUGAAUGGAAAGAUCGAAGGCAACACCAACAUGUACACAGAUGAUGGGCUGACAAUUAUCUCUGUACUAUCUCUGAAACACUCGAAGAUGGAGGCAAAGCAUGACAGCACCAUCAGUAUAACUAAACACAGGGUAGACACUUCCAUCACUAAUUCAGCAAAGGUCCAUCUACCUUCCAUGAAAGUGGAACUCCACCAAGAGAUUUUGGCAAAUCCAGAAGAAGGCCUUGUCCUUUCUAUGUCUAUGCCAUCUGCGGGUGUCAUCGCUGUCCAGAUGCAGACCAAGCAUCCAGCACAAGUAAACGCAAGGCUCUAUGGUCGUUACCCGAGUGAGCUCACUAAAGAUGUUGAAAUCUUGGCUGUGAAGAUGUCCGUGAUUAACGCUGAGAAGUUGAACCUCCAGACAACCUGGGAUAUGGAGCUGCCAAAUGAAAUGCUAGUGGGACUGAAGAAAUAUGUUCCCGCAAUAUCGGCGGUGGUAGCUGAAUGCACCACUAAGACCUACAAUAAAAUGUCCAAAUAUGCGAGCUACAUCGAGGGUCCCUUUGAUCGUGCUAGAAAGCAGACUAAAGUGAUGUUCAAGACAGCUGCUGACAAAUUUGCAGGAGUACAAAGUCUUUCACAAGGUAUGACUGUUGUCACAGAUAGAACUGUUUGGAUCUUCAAAGAGUACCAAAAGAAAAUCGAAAAACUGUUUGACGCUAUUGUAAAAUUCUUGAGGGAAACCAAGUUCAAGGUCCCCGGAUAUGAACACAAAUUGUCUGGACUUGAGAUGUACCAGAAAUUUAGCGUAUUUGUUGCAGAGUUUUCUGAGGAUGCUAUUGAAACCAUUCCAGAGUAUUUUAUCUCCACAUUCUCUCCAGCCCUUGAUUAUUUCAGUGCCACUGAAUUCACCUUUCCUGGCUCCAACCAUAUUCUCAGCGGUGAAGAAAUUCUUAAUGAUCUUUCUGUAGCAUUGAAAAAAAUCCAGGCCCAAAUGAUUAUUGUUGUGAGGAAACUUGGAUCUCUCCAACUGGAAGACAUCAUGAAACAAUUGUCAGAAAUCAUGCAGUUAACUAUUGCUAAAGGCAAUCAACUUCUCCACAUCUUAAAAACUCACAACUCUAAUCUCUCUUCUUGGGUGAUGGAUAUAUACAAUGACGCCGUCAACUCUCGCGUCAUGGAAGACAUUACCCAUCAUGUUGGCAAGGCUUUGAGAAUCAUUCUGCAAUACGUAAACACAGUCAAAGCUAAAAUCCGGCACAUUUUUGCAGAUGUAUCAAUCGAACAGUUUCAAGCUGACAUCCAGUCCAAGAUUGACUCUUUGGCAAAACACCUGAAUGUUUUCCACAACAAUAUCAUUGAAUUCCUUGAGGAUAAAAGCAAAUGUUUUACACAAUAUGUCAAAGUAAGUGAGAGACAGAUGGAGAUUGACGUUCCUUUUCCAUUCAUUCCCAACUACAGUUAAACAGGUUAUACUGUGGUUGGUAAGAGAACACAUCAAUGGACUGGGCAACCAAAAAGGCAUCAGUCAGUGUCAAUAAUUCUUAUACCAACUCACAAAAAGAUGCCCCUGAUGCUUGUCUCUCUGCCUCAUUUUUCAAAUUGUUAAUUUUCUUUUAUUAUUUUGCAGCAGAACCCAAUUUGUCCUACUCUGUUCAUUGUGUCUUGUAAUAUUUAAAAAUGUGAGGACUUUAAUAAAGACAGUUUGUACUGCUA